AGGAGAGCGUGUUGAUGGAUCCGAGCAUGGUGUGGAAGUUGCCGUUCACCACUCCCGCGACGGCGAACCGUGUGCCCCCGCGCAUUGCCCCGCCGACCCGCUUCCGCGGCCUUCCUUCGGGGAGGCGGGACGGGCCGCCGCGGCCGCCGCGGCGGCGGAGGACGAGGACGGGCCUUGCCACCUCUCGGCCAGCUCGUCGGCGGCGGCGCCCACGGCCUCGCGUGCGGCGUGCUCUGGCGGCCGUCCAGCGCAGCCCGCGGGGGUGCUCGCGGCCGGGUCGCGGGCGGUGCUGCACGGCCUGGCCCGGCGCCCCGACCUCAACGGCCGCAUCGGCACGCUGCUGGCGUGGGACUCGCAGGCGGGCCGCUGGGAGUUCUCGGUCGACGGCGGCCCGGAGCGGCUCAGGGUGCGGUCCGAGAACGUGCGCGUGGCUCCGGGCGGCUCCUCGUCGUCCUCGUCGUCGGCCCCGCCUCGCGCGCAGCACUCGCUCGAGGUACCCGACGAGUUCCGGUGCUGCAUCACGAAGGAGCUCAUGGAGCAGCCAGUGAUCACCUCUGACGGGCACACUUACGAGCGCAGGGCGAUCGCCAAGUGGCUCGAGGAGCAUGGCACGUCGCCAAAGACUGGGCAGGAACUGCCGGACAAGGUGCUGCGGCCCAACCACAGCAUGCGCGCGCAGAUCAUUUCCUGGCGCGAGCGGUAUCGGCUGCCACCGUUGCCCCCGUGGGAGCCUGAGCCGCAGGAGACCGUGCAGACGAUAGAGCCCCAGAGUCAGCCGGGACAGCCGCCACCAGGCAGGGGGCCGACAGUCACGGUGCAGACGCCCGCUGGGCGCAUCACGUUCCCGGUCGCAAUGCUUCAAGGCGUUGUCCCUGGCGGUGGUGAGGGUCCGAUGCCUGUGCCGAUGGGCACAACCAUUACUACCAUCAAUACGAGCGAGGCCAGCUUGAUGAGCAUACUGCAGGGCAGCCCCACGCUGCGCGAUGACCUGCUGACGCAGCUGCGCGGCCUAAGCGGAGACGGUGUCGGCGAGGCCGAGCUCGGUGCAAUGGACAACGAGGAGCUCGUCCGCAUCACGGCCCAGCAUCCGCAGCUGAUGGAGGUGGUGAUGCGGCACCUGCACUCCAACCCUGAGCUGAUGGCGCAGAUGGGCCCAGGCGCUGGCGGCGCCGCAGGCUCUCAGGACUCGCCGAUCUUCCGCGCCGCGAGGGAGGGCGAAUGCGGGGUCGUCGAGCAGCUGCUGGGCUCAGCCACUGGGGAGCGGCUGAGGCGGGAGCUCUCGGCCAACGGUGACUCGCUGCUGCACGUGGCCGCGUGGUGUGGGCACGUCCGGCUCACCGCCAUGCUGCUCGCGCGCGGGCACCCGAUCCACGUGCCCUCGCGGAACCGCUCCACUGCCCUCCACUACGCCUCUUUCCGCGGCCACGUCGACGUGACGAGGCUGCUGCUGGAAGCCCGCGCGGAUGCCGAGAGGCGGAUGAUGGGCGGCGACGUGGCCAUCCACCAGGCUGCGUGGCAGGGCCACGCGGAGGUGCUGCGCGCGCUGCUGGAGAACCGCUGCGACGUGCACGCCAUCAAGGACGACGGCGACACGGCGCUGUCCCUCGCUGCGCUGCGUGGCCACGUGGCCGUCUGCAGGGAGCUGCUGGCAGACCCUGACGGCAUAGCAAUGCGGAAUCACCGCGGCCGCACGCCGCUGCACGCGGCUGCGAUCGGAGGGAGCGCCGAGGUGGUGAGGGUCCUGCUGGAGGCGAGCUCGUGCGUGGACUCGAUCUCGGAGCACGAGGAGACCCCGCUGCACCUGGCCGUGCAGACGGGCUCUGCGGCCGUCGUGGAGGCGCUGCUGGACGCGAGGGCGAACGUGGACCUGCCCCAGCUGGCCACUCCGGACGAGCACUCGCCCCUCCACAUGGCCGUGCAUGCCGGCAGCACGCGCAUCGCGCAGCUGCUGCUGACACACCGGGCCUCGAUUGAGGGCUCUCGCAGGGACGGGGUCACGCCGCUGCACAUAGCCGCUGUGCACGAGGCGACCACGAGCAGGAGGUCCGGCGAGGGCUCCUUGGUCGCGGUGCUGGCGGCGGCCCAGGGCGACGUCAACGCCCGUGCGAGGA